CUGGUCAUGGCAACCUCCACAGUCAUUCUGCUCGUCUGCCUACUGGGCACACUUAACACAGUCCAGUGUCAGCAUGAAGAGGAAAAUCCAGAGGAUGUUGAGAAGAAUGGCGAAAUUGACAGCAUCCCUGUGGAGGACAACUACACAGUGUCCGCUCUAAUUGAAAGGGCCAACAAGAAUGCAGGGCAGGAACUUGAUGAUCCGGAGAUCACGGAGGGUGAUAUUGCCGUGUACACUGGGCUCCAGAACGCUGACCCUUGCACCUCCCGUGGCUGCAAAUGGCAACGCUCCAGUGAUGGCAAUGUCUAUGUUCCAUACUACAUCGCCAACCAGUACUCCUCCCAGCAGAGGGCCAUCAUUGAGAGGGGCCUGCAGUCUUUUGCCCAGUCCACCUGCAUCCGCUUCACAAGACGCACAUCGCAGAGAGACUAUGUGUACAUCCAGUCACGCGGAGGGUGCUGGUCCUAUGUCGGGCGUAGAGGUGGAGGGCAGGUGGUGUCCCUGGAUAGGAGGGGGUGUGUUUACCACCAGGUAGUCCAGCACGAGCUGCUGCACGCCCUGGGCUUCAACCACGAGCAGACACGCAGUGACCGUGACUCACACGUCCGUAUUAUCUAUCAAAACAUCAUGAGGGGACAAGAGCACAACUUCAGGAAGAUUAAUACCAACAACCUGGGUACUCCCUAUGACUACGGCUCAGUCAUGCAUUACGGUCGGUAUGCAUUUUCCCGCAACCGGCAGGCCACCAUCGUCCCCUAUCCCAACCCCAAUGCGGUCAUCGGGAAGGCCUCCCAGAUGAGCCGCAUGGACAUCAUGCGAAUCAACCGCCUCUAUGGAUGCAGACGGUAGCAUCAUUGCUCACCCCACAGCCUUACUGCGGUAUACCAUUAAACAUACAUAUUCACAGUAUUAGUAUAUGAGUAUAUGGAGUUGUACUGUAUUUCAAGAAACUUUCAAGAGAUGAGCUGCUGUUUUUUCUCCAGAAUGAAUGGGGCCAUAGCUGGCAACAUGAACACAUCGCUCCAGGCCUUCACCAUAAGAAGUGGCUUUUCCAGCUCAAUUGCAUAAAUGAAUGCAGGAUGUUUGAAUAAACAGUUUAAUUGUG